GUUGGAUAUAAUUAACUUGUUGAAUGGAGAGUAACAACACUUUGAAAAUCUCUUUUGAUUGGGAAAAAGAGGAGAUUAAUUGUAAUCUAGAGCAGGAUUAUAUUAGAGAAAGAAAGGAAUCGGACUCUAAUUGAUCUAUAAACAGUUUUUGAUGAGAUAAAAAUGAUAAAAUGGCAAUGAGUCCUUUGAAGAACAAAGGUAAUCUGAAAGUAAAUCAGAAAGAACAGUUUGUUGAAGAACUUAGAGACGUAAGAGUACUCACUAAAAGACAGAGAUUCCAGAACAAAAGAUUGAGUUUAUAUUAUUGUAAAAAGUAUUCUGCCUCUCCUAAUGCAGGAAAGGUAGCUCAGUUUAUAAGAGACUCUCACAAUGUACAAGAUGAAUCACCAAGUUAUGUUUCUCCUUCAAAUAUCUUUGAGGGAAGCAAAAAUGCUCGAGUUGAACACUCAUCUCCAGAAUACCCUCUUGAGAACCUUGAUGAACAAGUUAUGGUUACCAUGCAAGAUGUGAUGCCAGGCAAGAGGGUUUGUAAUUAACUUAAUUUUUGAAAUUCACUUACUUUAAUACUUGCAAAUAUUUCUUCCUGAGCGGUGACCAAUCCGUAUAAAUUCUUUAUACCCGAUUCUAAUAGCCAAAUGUAGACUUUUAAAGCGGUAAAGUUUAGUAGAGCAUCUAUAGAGCAUUACUUGCUUCCAAAUGUACUGGGAUAUCAUCCUAAAGAGUCUCGUUUACUUCUAAGGUAUUAGGGGUAUUUGAAUAGUUGGCCCUAACUACUCAGACAAUGAGGCAUCUUUGUUACCUCAUUUCAAUUCGUCUGUGAAAAGUCACUGAUAUUACUAGUUCUGGGAAUACUUUAAUACACUGCAUGCCUGCUCUACGGGGAUGUUUCAUAACUUGAAGAAAUUAUUUGCCUAAUGAAAUAGAGAUCCACCGUGGAUUUUACGCAAAAUAGGGAUCGAUCAUUAAGGUCUUAACUAAAGCAACGCUCAGGAGUGAAGUCUGAACAAUAUUGACUCUAGAUACCUUCUUUUGUAAAUCAUAGUUUGCUUUAUUACAUUUGGCUUGAAUGAUAUCCUUAUGUCUUUGAUAUGCUGGGGAACGUUCGAUAGAAUUAGCUCUUAAAAUUAAGUUCCUCUUCAACUUAAUUUCAUGAAUUAUUUAGUAUGAAGUCCUAAUGGUUUUAGAUGCUAAACCUUAAAUUCAAUAGCCAUCCUUAAAUCGACUUUCACCAUCCCAUUUUUGAGAAAUACUAAACGCAAGGAUAAAUUUAGGAAUAAAGCUGGAAGUAAUUUUGGAAGAAUAAGAAAUAUUCAAAGAGACCAUAUAUAAUUAUAUCUUUUCAUUACGAAAAGAUUCCAUCUUUCUUCCCAUUUCUAAACUAAGUUCUGGCUGGCAAUCUUGAAGGUAAUCAUCAGGUAUUGACCUCCUCACAGGUAAAUACUUUGGAUUCAUAGAAAGCAAAUCGAGAAAAAAGAAUUUGGAUGAAGACUGUGGCUUAAUUAUGCUAAAGAACUUCAGACACCUUUCGUUAGUAUUUCGACAAAAAUUUUGAAUUCAUAGACUGGUAUUGACUUGUGUAGAGACAUCAAGGAUUCAUAAACCUAAAAUGCCUGAUGAGCAUUUAUUUAGGCUCUUGGAGUUGGCUAUUGUCUCAUUGUGGUAGGGAAAUUCCUCCAGGCUAGAUAGUAUUUGUACGGAAGGCACCAAUCUAGGAAAGCAGUGAAAAAGCGGACCAUUGAAGUUAUUUAUACCAAAACUUGACUACUGGCGCAAUUGGCGAUUUUAACUAAAAUUUCCGAUUAAUAAGGCUUAGCACCUCGGAAAUGUUACUUAAGAGCCUCAAACUCUUUGGGUGUGAUGUGAAGGAGCAUAUUAAGACUCUUGAUAAUUUAGCUGCCAAUCAGAGAGCCUCAUGCCUAGUCCGCUAUUUUAUUGGAGAAAUAAGGGACUAUAGAGAUUCAAAAUCACCGACAUUUCGAGAUUUGAUUGUUAAUAAGUUAAGCACGGUGGGAGAAAAAAUUGAAUGAUGCUCUUCUUCGAGAACUUUGGCAAAUCUCUGUUCUUCGUUCGGGAUACAUCAACACUGUAGUUUUUAAAGGCUCAGCUUCAUAGUUGUAACUGCUAGAUAAAAAUUGAAACCACUUAGGACUCUUUAAUAUUUUCUUUCUCUAACUAUUUUGGGUCUAAAUUUAUUGUAACUUUUAAUGAAAAGUCGGCUCUUAGCAAUAGAAAAUAUUUGAAAUUAGAUUCUUCCAGCUAAUUGAGCUUCAAGGUCCUCUCCAAUAUCACCUUCAUUUGUAAACUUAUAAUUGUUUGCUACCCACAACUCAUGAAAAACUGAAUAGCUACAAUGCCGUGAUAAGAGAGAUC